AUGGCGGCGGCUAUCACGACCGGAGAGGCGCACAGGUUCAUCGUUCGCGCGACCUACAGACAUCUUUUCCGCGCAAUGGGCGUCGCAUUCAAAGGUGAUUUCGACACCAGUCGGUCAGCACGCGACUUUGCACGCCAAUCAUUCCGCGAAAGUCUACCCCGGGAUGUGGCGCCAGGCACACAUGAAAUGGCCCAGAGGAUCGAACACGCACAAGGGGUGACGAAGAUUCUGCGUGAGAACAUCGUGCAGGGCAAGCAGGCGGAGAAGCAACCGGACACAUAUAAGCUACGGUUCACGGAGAAUACUCAACGAUUCGACAAUGAAGAGACGAGGAAAUUGAAGGGCACGACGAAGAGCUUCAAGGAGAUCAAGGACGCACAAUUUUGA